AUGGGCAACUCCAGCAGUUCGAACAAGAUUUCUGCGCAGGACAAGGCGAUCCUGGAUAUGAAGAACCAGCGCGACAAGCUGCGACAAUACCAGAAGCGCAUCACUGUUCUCACCGACCGCGAGAAAGAGAUCGCAAAAGAGUGUUUGGCGAAAGGCAAUACGGAUAAGGCAAAGCUAGCUCUGCGGCGGAAGAAGUACCAGGAGUCGCUGCUAUCCAAGACGGAUGCGCAGCUAGCGCAGUUGGAGCAGUUGACGAGCGAUGUCGAGUUCGCCCUGGUGCAGAAGGAUGUGAUAUAUGGCUUACAACAGGGUACUGCUGUUUUGAAGGAGAUACACAGGGAGAUGGGCGGAAUCGAGAACGUGGAGAAGCUACUAGGGGAGAACGAAGAGGCAACAGCUUACCAAGAGGAAAUAAGCGAACUUCUCGCAAACAAGAUGUCGAACCAAGACGAAGACGAAGUAGAAGACGAGCUAGAGGCCCUCGAGGCCGAAGUCAAUGGCGUCACACUGCCCGAUGCGCCCGUCGCACAACCACAGUUUACAUUGGAAGAGAAGGCACAGAUGGCAAAGGACAGGGCUGCUAGAAGGGCAAGAGAAAGGGCUGCUGAGCAGGCGUCGCAACCCAUGUUGGCCUGA